CCCGACAGCAACGCCCUCUGACUUCUCGUGGGAAGCUUGCAAACAUGGGCGACCGAUUGACCCAGCUCCAGGAUGCUGUUGAUCAGCUGGCGCAACAAUUCGUCGCAUGCAUCCAUUUCCUCCAUCGAUACCACGAUCGCGAAACCCUGGGCCCCAAGGACCAGGUCAGGGAGGUGAAGCCGGAGGAGGACCGCAAAGAAAUCUCGCCAAUCCCAGCCGAAGAGUUCAAGGCAGGCCAGGUUGAGCUUGCGCGCGACCUGGUGCUGAAGGAACAGCAGAUCGAGUUCAUCAUAUCCUCGCUCCCGGGGCUUGAGAACAACGCGGAGGCCCAGGAGCGCUGCAUAAAGGAGCUAGAGGAGGAACUACGCGUCGCGGACGCGCAGCGGCAGGAUGCGAUCCGCGAGAUGAACGAGGUUCAGGCCCAGUUGGACCAGGUCAUCCGGGGUACAAAGCGGCCCUGAGGUUCUGCGGGCAUCAGGAGAAAAAUGCAUCAUGGAUAGGCACGGGAUUGGCGAUGUUUUUGGCGUUCGAAAGGCUAGGCGUAAUACGGCGUUGAGGUCCAUGGAUACCCACAAGGAAGAUAGCCGCUCAGAAGGAUCAGGUCAUCUUCAGAAUUGUGAAGCAUAUUUACUACAGAGAUCAAGUUGAGUUUAUCCAAUGCAUGACAUGAACCUA